AUAAUGAUGCUGCAUUGAUCAUAUCUAUGUUUCGGAGGAAGUUAAGAGUCAUAACUUGGUGGAAUUCAUGAUCAUUUUGAGCAUGAUUAUUGUUGUUUUGGGCGUUAAUUAUUGGUUCUUUGCUAAUGUUUUUGGCUUUGAUGUAAGAUCUCUCCAUGGUAUCUUCUUAAAAAGAAGAUCGUGAUUGGAAAUUGAAGUGCAGCCUUUCUUUAGUGGUCUAGUUAUGAUGGUUGUCAAUUUGAUUAAGUCUGGCCAGGAUUUUAGUUUCAUGAAUUAUGGUAUACAGGUGUAUCCUUCCUUUAGUUUGGUAAUGGCUAUUGAUUUUGAAGUGCAGCCUUUCUUUAGGGGUCUAGUCAUGAUAGUUGUCAAUUUGAUUGAGUAUCGCCAGGAUUUUAGUUUCAUGAAUUAUGUUAUACAGGUGUAUCCUUCCUUUAGUUUGGUAAUGGCUAUUGAUUUCAACACCUGGUUGGAAUCAUUGAUGAAUAAGUUUUUAAAAUUGUUGGUGUUGCUUUGCUUUAGCUUGUUGAUGCAAGGGAUCCAUGCAUGAACUUGAUUUCACUUGGUUUGGUUGUAGUCAUGAUGUUUACCCAGGCUUUGUAAGCUGCCUGUAUUUUGCCGUAUUUGAUGAAAGAUGUUAUAACCAGAUGCUGAGAAUCAGAGUUUACUAGAAAAGUUAGUUUUUAUAUAAGCUGGUUCCAAAUUGCAAGUAAUGUUUCCUUCUACUUUCUUAGCUUGGUUGUCUGUACAGAGCAUAUAUAAAGGGUUGUAGGCUCAUCUUUCUAAAUUUCUAAUGUUCCAGCUGGAGUUAUUAAUGUUGUCUAGGUAGUGGCAGUGGUAUGCAUUGGUAUUGUGCUUUUGAUGCAAGGAGAGGGAUGAAGGGGUGAUAAAGCUGUUUGAUAUCAUAUAUGUAUGAUGGGUGGUCAUUUUGGGUUUCAUGUUGUUCAAUACAGAUGUUAAGGUCAUCAAUAAAUGGUAUGACCAUACCAAAAAGAUUAUCAUACCAUGACUUUUACAAAAUUAAGUUUAUAUAUGAUGCAUUGUUACUGCUUAAGCUGUUUGUAGACCACACUCAGUCAAACUCUUUAAAGCUGUAUGCAUCAAACAAAAGUUUUUGCCAUAUUAUGUUCAUCUUUCUAAGGAAGGAUCUGCCUGUUUCCAUUCCAUUAACAGCUAGAUACAAUACAAGCAGUUGACAUCAUUCAAAAGGCUGCAUGAAUGCUCAUCUCAACUAAUUGGGACGCUUGCCCCAUUUGGACUAAAGGUUAUACGAGAAAACAGGCGAGGAUUGCUGAUCUAUGCAAUAGCCUGCAGGUUUCCUUUGUGUUGGUUAUGUUCUUCCUUCUAUUGUUCUCAGGCGCUCAUUCAUCAACGUUCACAAUUGUGAACAAAUGCAGCUAUACAGUUUGGCCAGGGGUGCUGUCAGGUGCUGGAACCCCGCCAAUAUCACCCACAGGUUUCAUUCUUCAACCAGGCGAAUCAACAUCUAUCUCUAUUCCAACAUCUUGGUCAGGUCGCUUAUGGGGUCGCACUUUUUGCACAGAAGACUCUUCGGGCAAAUUCUCAUGCCUCACCGGAGACUGCGGCUCAUCUGCACUAGAAUGCUCUGGCGGUGGCGGCAUCCCUCCGGCAACCCUUGCGGAGUUUACACUGAAUGGUGCUGGGGGAUUGGAUUUCUACGAUGUUAGCCUUGUUGAUGGCUACAACCUACCGAUGAUGGUAUCCCCGCAGGGUGGAACUGGAGGUAACUGUACAUCCGCUGGAUGUGCUGCGUAUUUGAAUGGUGACUGUCCUCUCGAGCUUAAGGUUGUCGAUGGGACUGAAGGGGUGGCAUGUAAGAGUGCCUGCGAUGCUUUGGGGGACCCCAAAUAUUGCUGCAGUGGAGCUUAUGCUACACCAAACACAUGCAAGCCCAGUUCUUAUUCAGAAUUCUUCAAGACCGCGUGUCCUACAGCUUAUAGCUACGCCUAUGAUGAUGGAACCAGUACCUUCACUUGUGCUGGUGCUGAUUAUGUUAUUACUUUCUGCCCUACCCCUUCCACCAGUGUCAAGUCCGCCAACCCCAUGGCUGUUGACAUAUCAGUCGGCUACCGUCCUGUUUCAUCAGCUCUCAUUGGCGGUGCCAUCACCACCCUGGCGGCAAUCUGGCAGUUGCGGCAUCUCUUUUGACAAACACCAAGUUGCAACCCAACAACAUUUAGGAGCCAUUUUCCUUCUAUAUGUGGGAUUUUUUAACUCCAUAAUUGGGCCCCAUCAACUUCAGCAAUUAGCAAAACCUGAAUGGAAAUCGUGUGAACAACGAGGGUAGGCCACAAUCCAAUGAUAUCACAUCAUUACCGGCCUGGCUUGUCCUUCUCCAAUUUUCUCUAAUUUGUAGAAGAAACAAAACUAUGAUACAUACAAAAGAUAGAAAACACAUCACACAUCACACAGCACCAGCCACUUUUUCCCCUUCCCUCCCUGACUCUGGAAGGAAAGAGGAUGAUCAAAGAGCUGGCAGGAUGAAGCCUUAAUUAUCAAUUUGAUUUAGGCAUAAAUUUGUAGGAAUAGACGAUGAUUAGUUGGCUUUGGCUACGUAAAUUUUUUGCAACUGUCGCCUGCUAAUGCCAACGGAGAUGAGCUCAAUUUGUCUCCAUUAGUUUUGGCCCUUUAUUCCUAUUACCUAUGUCUGAUGACAAUUAUUUUAAUGCUUUGUUUUCUUUAAGACAUGGUGUGGGUUUUACCGUCAGAAAUCAAUUAUUUUA